AUAAAAACAAGGAGAAGCCCAGGCAGCAUCUCGGAGCUCGAGCUGAAAGCUGUGAAGCUGCUGCACGAGGGGAUAGAAGAAGAAGAAGAAGAAGAAGAAGCAUGGAGCUGCGACUAGAGAUGUAGUUUUGCAAGGAUGCAGGUCAGCUUCAUCUGUCGCGUGCUCCUCCUCGUCUCGAUCUGCAGGGCCAAAUCUCUUCCAGAACCGGGAGCAGUCGAGGUUCAAAUCAAAGUCCAGGUGUUCGACAACAGCGACCUGUCUCCGCUGGCGGACGCUCAGGUGGUCGUCCACGGCAACCAAACGGUGUUGGCGUCCAGCAGGGCCGGCAGCGAUGGCGUCGUGAAGGUCAGCUUCCUGUACCGCACGGGAACAUGGGUCAUCAUCACGGCCUCCAAACAAGACUACGUCACCAACACCGUGCCCUGGCACUCCAGCCGCAUCCCACUGUAUGCAUCAGUCAGCCUGUACCUGCUGGUCCAGAGACCAGGAACCCUCAUUCUAUACGAUGACGUCCUGCAGGUUCUGUCUGGGUCACCAGGAGCUCGUAACCAGCCGCUGGUGCAGCUCCAGAGGAAGUCCCUCCAGCUGCCGGCGGAGUCCAACUACACGGCGCUGUCGGCCGCGCUGACCACGGCCAGGACGCAGUAUGAAAUCGGCGGCUUCCCGUUUCUCCUGGGCCAAGAGACCAAUGGCUCAGGUGCAGAAACAGGGUGGAUGGACUUGACAGGGUUGGCCGUGGUCAGCGUUCAGCUCUUUGACAAAGACGGCCGUGAGAUCCAGGUCUCCGAUCCGAUCCAGGUCAAGGUGCCGCUGCCAUCCGACACCCGCAACAGGAUGCCCACAAGUGUCCCUGCUUGGCUGUAUCAGCCUAAGACGGGACUUUGGGUUCGGAACGGGACGGGCUACAUCCAAAGGGAAGGCCAACAGUUUGUGUGGAACGUGGUGGUUCCUCAGAUGGGAUACUGGUUAGCUGCCUUCCCUUCGUCUUCAGGAUUGGGUCAGUCUCAUCCAGGCCUGAGGGACAUCACCACCUACCACACCCUGUUCCUGCUCUCCAUCCUGGGCUCGCUGGCCCUGCUGGUGCUCAUCCUGCUCUGUGUGCUGCUCUACUACUGCAGGUGUGGGGAGCGUAGGCGCAGGCGGAAGUGUUUAAAACCUCGUCGCCAGCAAGGGAAGCCCCACGCAUCCAAUCUAAAUGGUGCCAAAAGAGACCAGGGAACUUCCACUUCACGGCUGAACCUGAUCUGUGGAGGCCACGCUGAGUCCGGACCCUCUAAUGAAAAAUCUGAAAUGUCCCCAUCUCGAGACUACCAGAGUUCGAGGGAGGACCUGACCAAACACGUUCCAGCUCACAUGCUGCGACACGCAAAGGGGAAAAAUGCUUCGGGACCCCAACGCGGUGAAAGCUUCCCAAUGAAGGUCACCCGAGCCACCGAGACCAACAACCUGGACAACCCUUUGCUGCAUGAAGACUACAGCCGGAGCUACAGCCCCAUGGAGGGCAAGGAGUCAGAAUAUCAUCGGCACCACAACGCCAAUGACAAUCGAGGGUACUCCGCCGACCCCCCGUCCCCGCCUCGCUUCCAAGGCUACGUGCCGAGCCAGAGUGACAAACCCCCCGAAUAUUCGGCGGCAGCAGCAGACAGCCUCGCCAGACCGACCUCCCUCAACACCCAGCCGGGUCAGAUCAUCUUCUGCAGCUCCAUUGACCAGAUGAAGGAGAACAUGUACCGGAGCAUGGUGCCAACGCUGGUCAUCCCGGCCCACUACAUGCGCCUGCCCUCCGAGUUCUCGAAAGAUGGCAAGGACCAGAAGGACCAGGACAAGGACGGCACGCAGAUGGGAGGAGGCCAGCAGCACCAUCACCACCACUCCCAGAAACAAGGCGGAUCUCAAGGGGACGACUCCGAGGAUCAGAGCUGGGCGUCCGACUCCUCUGGUGGACCCAUGACCAUCCCGGUGCUCUUCAACGACUCCACCAUGGCUCAGAUGAAUGGGGAACUGCAGGCUCUGACGGAGAAGAAGCUACUGGAGCUUGGUGUUAAGCAGCACCCGAGGGCGUGGUUCAUCUCCCUGGACGGACGAAACAACGCUCACGUGCGCCACUCCUACAUAGAUGCUGGGAAUGACCUCAGUGGAGGCGGUGGCGGUGGAUUCUUAAGCGGCCCCAGCGGCGCUGGCCGUGACGUCAACCUGGAGCCGCCUCAGGAGUCUCAAGAGCGCAAGUCGGCGAUGAACCGGAAGGGAAAGGACGAGCGCUGGGGGACGGGAGGACGGAAGGGCGUUGGCGUUGGCGUUAGCAGCAGUGGGGGGAAAUGCUACUCCAAACUGGCGUACCCGGACCACAGCGAGCCCAGCAGCAGCGAGGGGCGCCCGGUCUCACCCGAGGAGAACUCCCUCACCCCUCUCCUUGAUGAAGGUCCGUCCUCCAGAGGAUCCACCAUCACCAGGAGAGGACGCAGUCGCGUUAACAGCAGCCGCAGCAGCAACAGCGAGAACCGCCGCGACUCCAUGACCAGUCCUGAGGACGAUCCCGACGACAAAGACGAGAACAAGAAGAGCCCCUGGCAGAAGAUCGAAGACCGGCCUCUCAUGGUCUUCCACCCCAGGAAGUGAGAUGUCUGGACCUACUGACACACUUUGAACGACCUUUUCAAAAAGCUGGAAUCUUUCCACGACGAAUGGAGGAAGAUGUUUCCCACCAAGAGAGAGAGAGAAAGAGAGAGAGAGAGAGAGAGACCACAAUAAGCACAACCACGCUUCACUGGUCCAUUUACAGGUUGUUGUUUUGACCUUUGUGUUUCUGGUGAGGUGCUCUCGCACUUUCUGAUUUCUCUCGUAGUCUCGCUGUCCGUUACUCUCACUGGUUUCCACUGAGAUGAUCUAUCGUAUCCAGUUUAUUGUGAAUUCUUGUCACCCAUCACAUCACUGAAACCAUCGUCUGAGCCAUUGCAUAUACUAACUGUGGAAAUAGCCAUUUUAUAGAGCAAAAUAUAAGAAAGAAGCACUUACUGAUAUUUGAUAAUUGAUUGAUUGAAACCAAGACAUUUUUUAUGGAAUUGAAAGGUGAAUUAGAUAUACUUCCCUGAACUUGAACCACACCAAGGCUCACAAAGAUGGUAGAAGACGUUCUCCUUGACUUCUCGACCUGCUCCAAACUGUUACUAGAUUAAGUUUUCUUUAAAGAAAACCACUUCCCAAAGCUUGAAUAUGUAGAGAACCUAUCAGUUGUAUUGAUUGUUUUUCUUGUGCCCCUGUGAACGGAUAAUGCAAUCUUUAAAGUCCAACGUUCGACUUGCAUUUUGCUCCUUCAGGGACGCACUUCCUCCUGUGCUGUGUUCAUGUGUCCAGAUAACUUAAUCAGAUAGUAAUGAUUUGAAAUGUUGAGCAUCGUCUCUCCCGUCAUCCUCUCUCCGUCACUGAUUUAUUGCCAAAACAUGGACUUUCUGCCUUUUUUCUCCUGUUGGUCGUUCGGUCGACGUUGCGAAUUUCUGUCGUGUAAAUAGAUUCCAAGACGUUUGAAGGAUAAUUUAGUUUAAAGAGGUUUUGCAUGCAUAUGAAUGUAUGAAAUAAACAGAAGGCACCCAAAAGCCCCCCCCCACAGUUCUCCUGCGUAGACAAACUGCCAAGAAAACGUGGGUAAGCCUAAAACAGCCAAAACACCACUUUACUUGAAGACUUACCUGUUUAAUAUUCUACUGACAUCCACAGGGGUUGAUUUUAGCCAGAUAAGACCUGCACCACUUCUCUCCUGUAAGUGCCUUCUUUCACAUAGGAUCGAGUGAUAGGCAUGCAGGUUGCUCUUUAAAACGCAGCGUGGCGUCACUAAUAAGCACAUUGCAUUGUGGGAACAACAAACACACGUCAUUUUGGGGAGCACGCCCUGCAAAUAAAAACAACUGACAACUUUUUUCUCGCGCGGGUGUUACGUCCUUUAAUAUCUUCGUUUUAUUGUAUCUAUCCUCUUUUUCACCAAACUUGUAAAUUGUACGAUGAACUAUAUGAGAUUUUAUGGUGUUAAACGACGUGCAUGUAACAUGUAGAAUAGGGUGUUUUAAUGACUUUUUUUUAUUAUUAUUAUUGAUCCAGGAUGUUUGGCACAAAAAAAAAAAGUGAUGCACUGACGCAUUUAAUGGUGUUGCCAAAAUGAACUCGGUCACAUGAAGAUACACUGAAUUUUUUCCUUAAUCCAGCUCUAACGAAAUUCACUUCCGGUCGUAAAUGUUUACAACGACAACAUACUGACCGACACGCUCCUCUCGCUAACACUAGCAUCACCACUGCCUAAAAUCAUCAACAACUGUGAAAUGAAUCAUAUCAUCUGGCAGAUAAAAGCUCAACCAGUGGGUUUUAUUUAUUGUUUUUGUUGAUUAUGAAGCAAGCUGUAUAAAAGUCACGCUGACUCGUUGGUCCUUUCCACCAUCUGCUUGCUGUUCAUAAGUGUCAGUAGCCUACAGUACAAACUGAAAAUGUGAUGUAAAGUCUGAAGAAUAACCACGACGUCAUGAAACGAUUCCUACUGAGCUGUCACGUCCACUGCUGUAAAUGUACGUUUUAUUGGGACCAGAUAUGGAAUUAUUAUUAUUAUUAUUAUUAUGAGAUGUGCAAUUGUGGCUUUCCCUGCUUGUUUUUGUUGGACAUGAGAGAACCUUUUUUCUCUGUAGAUUUUCUUGGUGAACUUGUGUUUUCGGACAGAGAUCGACACAAAAACUGAACCCCGGAGAGGAAACAUUUAAACUACGUUGUUGGGAGUUUUGAUAGUACAAAUACACGCGAGGAGGAUGGAGCUGUAGGCCUUCAUCAUGUGCAGUAAAUCAUUUGCUUCAUAAUCCUGGUCAGUUGUUUGUAAACUGUAAAUUGAUUCUUUCUGUACAUGAGACAAAAUAGUAAUAAACUUGUUCCCACGGUCAGUAACUGUUUGUGAUUUGAUUUUGAUAGAGAGACUGAAGUUAUGUGUUGAAAAAUGUUAAUAAAAAAUAG